AUGGCUCCAAGCACCAAGAAUAAAGGCGAUAACAAGGUUGCUGCUGUGAAAGCCCCAAUGACUGGAGGAGUUAUGAGAGCGCACCGGUACCGACAUGGAGUCGUGGCCCUUCGAGAGAUCCGAACAUACCAACAGACUGGGGACCUUCUGCUCCCAAAGCAUCCGUUCCAAGAGCUGUGCAGAGAGAUUGCACAGGAUCAGGCGGCGGAUAUGCGUUUCACGCAGGAGUUCUUCGAGGCUCUUCAGGUUGGUUCAGCGCUGUAAUAGAAGAGUUCUUCAUUGAUGACGCUGUAUCUCAACUGUCGGUAGAGAAAUCAAAAAGUUGUCAACUGAUGAAACAUUCACAAUGUCUUUUUAAACAAUUUAUUAGUGGACAACUUUUUGCGAUCUCUACCGGCAGCCUAGAUAUACUGUCUUGAAUGAACGGCAUUGUAUUUUGAUGAUCUUCUAAUACAGUCUAAUAUUUGAUAACUUGCAGGAGGCCGCCGAAGCUUUCCUCGUCCAGGUUCUCAGUGAAUCCAACCUCGCGGCCAUCCACGACGGAAGAACGACCAUCAAGACGAAGGACAUGAAGUACGUGGUCGAAUUUCUGAAAAGAGUCCAGAAGAAGGAAUAA